CGCGAUAUUUGCUGGUUAACUCAGGCGCGAGAUUUGACGAGACUUGUGUGUUUUGUGAAACCGGGAAGUGGGCGAUUGCUGAAGAUAAAUAAAAUACUAAUAAAGGCUAUUUGCUGUCGUGUUUAUUAGCGUUCAUUAUGUAACGAAUCCGUUGUAACUCUACGGCGACCCCAAGCGAGAAGAAGGGACGUUAUUGUUGGAGCGCACGGAUGUUGUUUACACUCGGUGUUGAUGGUUAUGGAGGGUAACGUUAAACCGGCGACGCUCCUGCACGCGGCUCCUCCGUACGGACACAUACUCACUCACGAGAGGUGGAGGCGCUCGACGCUCGCGCAGACUCUCAAAGGGAGUGUGAAGACGAUCUUUGAGGAGGAGCUGGGUGUCGUGGACUUCUAUCUCAGUAAUAAAACCUGUGUCCUUUAUGUGUCAGAAAGCGACUUGGUGGCAGGGAACAGCUACAGGAGGAAUAUUGUCCGGUUUAGAAAUGCUAACAGCGGUCUGCAGGCUAUUGUGAUUGUGGAAAAGACUCCCCUGAGCGAGCAGUACUUCAGCGGAUUGCAGAAGUUUGUGGUUUUGGAGCUUGGUUUGACUCUGCUGCCUGUGUCCACCGCUCCUGAAGCAGCUCAGCUCAUAGCACAGCUGGUGAGGAGUGUGAAGACGAUCUUUGAGGAGGAGCUGGGUGUCGUGGACUUCUAUCUCAGUAAUAAAACCUGUGUCCUUUAUGUGUCAGAAAGCGACUUGGUGGCAGGGAACAGCUACAGGAGGAAUAUUGUCCGGUUUAGAAAUGCUAACAGCGGUCUGCAGGCUAUUGUGAUUGUGGAAAAGACUCCCCUGAGCGAGCAGUACUUCAGCGGAUUGCAGAAGUUUGUGGUUUUGGAGCUUGGUUUGACUCUGCUGCCUGUGUCCACCGCUCCUGAAGCAGCUCAGCUCAUAGCACAGCUGCUGACAGAAGUGGCACCUGCUGUGGUCUUCUGCUUCAAGGUUUGA